GCGGUCCUCCACUCGGGCUCUGUCUCUCUCUCCGUCUCUCUCCGUCUUCUUCUUCUCGCUCCUCUUGCCUCUGUUUCCCCCGCGGACCGCCGCAGAGAAACGACUGGGAGAGGAAAGGAACGAGCUUUCGGUCGAGCGGAAAGGUUUCUUUCUGCUGCUUUCUGGCGGGGAAAAGGGAAUCGAUGGGGAACUGCGUGAUCUCUUCGUCGCGGGUCGAGAACGCCCACACCCCGCGGAAUGCCUCAUAUCCUCCAAAGGUCGUCGCCAGUAAAAGAAGUUUAUUUUCAGUUUCUUCGUCUCGGGCAACAUUCUCGUCCCCUUCAACUCUGUCUGUGCCUUCUUUUAGCGAUAAGACGAGCAACGGGAAUCUUUCUACACCAAGAACUGAAGGCGAAAUAUUAUCCUCCUCACAGUUGAAGGCUUUCACGGUCAAUGAGUUGAGAAAUGCCACGAGGAACUUCCGCCCUGACAGCCUUCUAGGGGAAGGAGGAUUCGGUUAUGUCUACAAAGGUUGGAUCGAUGAACAAAGUUUUUCUGCUACGAAGCCUGGAUGCGGAAUGGUUGUUGCUGUCAAGAAGCUUAAGCCUGAAAGUUUCCAAGGGCACAAGGAAUGGCUGACAGAGGUUGAUUAUCUAGGUCAGCUUCACCAUCCAAAUUUGGUUAAGCUCAUCGGGUACUGUUCAGAGGGUGACAGUAAACUUCUGGUCUAUGAAUUCAUGCCAAAAGGCAGCUUGGAAAAUCAUCUGUUCAGAAGAAGUGCUCAACCACUAUCAUGGACGACAAGGAUCAAGGUUGCAAUUGGAGCUGCUAGAGGGCUCACGUUUUUGCAUGACGCUGAAUCUCAAGUUAUAUAUCGAGAUUUUAAGGCCUCCAACAUUCUGCUUGACUCGGAGUUUAACGCCAAGCUUUCAGACUUUGGCUUGGCAAAAGCUGGACCAACCGGAGAUAGAACUCAUGUGUCGACCCAAGUCAUAGGCACUCAUGGAUAUGCAGCUCCUGAAUAUAUCGCAACAGGUAGACUUUCGGUGAAAGCUGACGUCUACAGUUUCGGGGUUGUACUAUUGGAGCUCUUGUCUGGGCGUCGAGCCGUCGACAAAUCAAAGCUGGGCAUAGAGCAGAACCUGGUGGAAUGGGCGAAACCCUGUUUGGGUGACAAGCGGAAAGUAUUCCGGAUCAUGGACACAAGGCUGGAAGGGCAGUAUCCAAAGAAAGGAGCUCUUGUUGUUUCCAUGCUUGCUUUGCAAUGUAUCGACCAUGAGGCCAAACUCCGGCCUCGUAUGUCUCAUGUCUUGGCCUCACUGGAGCAAUUGCAAGAUCCCAAAUCUGCAGCGUUUCCUCCGCAAGCUGAUCGACACAAGACCUCCUGUGCCAUCUCCAAGUCACCAACGACGCAUCGUCAUUCGUCGCUACACCCAGCGGCGGCCGUAAGGUCUCCAUUGCCGCCGAUAGCGAUCACCACUGGAACACUAAGCUAGAGACUUCACUGGAACUAGUAUUGUCAGGUCCAAUUUCGGUCAGGAUGAGUCGCUAAUCUGUUUUGUGCUUCUCUUAAGUUAGUUUAUAGAUUGAUGUUUGUACUUCACAUCAUCUGUUGUAGGCACUUGUCCUUAAAAAAUUCACCUGAAAGUCCAUUGACAAUUGCUUUCAGGUGCAUGUUUCAUGGUUCUUCUUGUGAUCAUAGGAAUGCAUUAGUGUGGCUUCUUAUGCCAUGAUCUUGGUUU